AUGUCCAUUGGAAUCGCCCUGCUUGGUGCGGGCAUCUUUGCCCAAGCGCAGCACCUCCCUGCCAUUAAGGCCUCCGACCUGCUUGCCCUCAAGGCCGUCUACUCCCGUUCCCAGGCCUCCGCCGAGGCCUUUGCCAGCAAGGCCGGUGUGCCCGGCCUCGACGUCUACUGGGACGAGCCCGCCGCUGCCGGUCGCGGCCUGGCCGACCUGCUGGCCCGCAGCGACGUCGCCGCCGUGUCGGUGUGCAUGCCCAUCAACCUGCAGCCGCAGGCCAUCCGUGCGGCGCUGGCCGCCGGCAAGCACGUCAUCAGCGAGAAGCCCGUGGCCGACACGGUGGCCCAUGCGCAGGCGCUGAUUGCCGACUACGAUGCGCUGCCCCGCAAGCCCAUCUGGGCCGUCGCCGAAAACUACCGCUACAUGCAGUCCCUGCAGCUAGCCGAAGCCAAGCUGCGCGCGCUGGGCGGCGACCUCGUGUCCUUCAGCCUCGUGUCCAACAAGUUUGUGCGCACCGACGGCAACUACUUCAACACGGCCUGGCGCAAGAACCCGACGCACCCCGGUGGGUUCCUGCUGGACGGCGGCGUCCACUAUGUGGCGGCGCUGCGGUCGCUGCUGCGCGCGGCCCCGGGCGGCAACACCAACAACAACAACAAAAUCACCAAGGUGGCCGGCACCAUGGCCCAGCUGCUCGAGAUCCUGCCGCCCGCCGACACCCUGCGCGCCAUUGCCUUCACCCAGGGCGGCGCCAGCGGCGUCGUGACCAUGUCCUUUGGCACCGAGUUCGGCCCGCCGCUCGACAUUGCCGUCACCACCACCGAGGGCAUGGUGACGUGGCGCAUGAAGAGCGUGACCGUCACCACGCGCAACGCCGCCGACCCGUUCAAGCCGCACGAGACCGUGCUGGACUGCAGCGAGACGAACCCGUCGUUCCCCGCCGACGAGGCCACCGGCGUCAAGGCCGAGUUUGCGGCGUUUGCGGCGAGCAUUGCCGCCGGGCAGAACACAGUCGACGCGCGGCAGUCGCCGGUCGAGGCGCUGGAGGAUUUGCGGCUGCUGGAGGCCAUGUUCGAGACGGGCGCCGCGGGCGGCGAGCCCAAGACGAUUGCAUAG